AUCAAAGGUGUGUACGAGGCAGCGUUUGGACCAAGCCGUCUUCUCAUUCUCUCGAGGCUAGGAAUUACCAAAGGUCAUCGGGAGUCUUGUCUGGACAUCUCACGCCACUCAAAUACAAAAAGAGGCCAAUCCACAAGGUAAUUGCUAUUGCUAUCACCAUCAUCAUCCCCAUCCUUGUCUUUGUCUCCUAACAAACAACCCCCCAAACAUCACCAUGACCACCGCUACAACUACCCUCACCCAGACCAAUGGCACCAAGGUCAACGGAUCGCAAGAUCCGGCUCAAGAACUCGUCGACGCUGCCCUCAAGGUCAACACCAAACCACUAUGGACUGUCAUGGCCAAGUUGAACCCUCCAGCGCCAAACCCACAAUGUGUGCCAUAUAUUUGGCGCUAUGAUGAGGUGCGGCCGAGUCUGCUGAAGGCCGGUGAGAUCAUUACUGAAGCCCAAGCUGAGCGACGAGUGUUGAUGCUGGUCAAUCCUGCACGAGACGCCCCCUUCACCACCGACACACUAUACGCAGGACUCCAGCUGGUAAUGCCCAAUGAAACCGCAAAGGCACAUCGACACACGGCCUUUGCCAUGCGAUUCAUCAUUGAAGGCCAGGGCGGUUUUACGGCCGUGCACGGCAAACGCAUCACCAUGCAGAGAGGCGAUGUGAUCCUGACGCCAACUUGGAACUGGCACGACCAUGGAAAGGAUGGGUCAGGACCUAUGAUCUGGCUUGAUGGCCUCGACCUGCCCAACUUUAGACACUUCCCCGUCCAUUUCGUCGAGCACUAUCAAGAUCCCCGCUACCCAGCCGCCGAUGUCGACUCGAAUCAAUCCCCCAUUGUCUUCCCCUGGUCCAAGAUGCAGGCUAAACUCGAUGCCAUUCCCGGUGAUUGGGCCCAAGAGGAUUAUCUCAAGAAGGACGGCCGUCCAGUCUCCAAAAUUCUUGGUGGUGCAGCCGAACGACUCAAUGCCGGCGCCACGUCGCCUGCAGUGCGUGAAACCGCCUCGUCAGUGUAUCACGUUGUCUCGGGCAGUGGAUACAGUUAUGUGGGAGACAAGAAAUUCCAGUGGAAACAGGGCGACACGUUCUGCGUGCCGGCCUGGAAUAAAUAUCAACAUACUGCUGAGGGUGGCGAGACCGUUUAUCUCUACCGCUUCCACGACAAGCCCAUGUUGAAUUCGUUGGGCUUCUACCGUGUCGAGGGAGUUGAUAGCGAGACUCUGGUGUCGGAUUAAUUAAUUCUUGGACUCCACGUGGACAUGAGCGGGGAUGUGGCGUUGGUUGUUUGCUAGAGGGGACUGUUCCCUCCCCUAAAGGACGCAUGAGGUCCAUGUGUCUCUAUACUAUCUGCCUUUGCAAAAGCAAUGAGCUCCAAUGAAUGACACCCGAUGUGAAU